GGGGGAAUAGGGAAAAACCUGCUCGAGCGGAGAAACAGAGAGUGGAGAAGGGUGGGAAGAGCCGGCGGGAAGGGGCGGAAAGCGGCGGAGGCGGGCGAGGAGGGGAUGAGCGGGAGGCAGCGGGCGGCAGCCGGGGGGAGCCGGGCACAGACAAUGGGGCGCGGCCCCGCCGCCUCCACCUCCCGCGGCCGGGCGGGGCCGGGCGGCGCCGGCGCUGAGCCUCGCGCUGUCCCCUGCCAGGGGGACAUGGCCCCGCUGCUGGCGCUGCUGCUGGCGGCCCUGCUGGGCUCGGGCCGGGCGUGCCCGGAGCCCUGCGCUUGCGUGGACAAGUACGCGCACCAGUUCGCCGACUGCGCCUACAAGGAGCUGCGGGCCGUGCCCGCGGGGCUCCCCUCCAACGUGACCACGCUGAGCCUCUCGGCCAACAAGAUCAGUUCUCUGCCCCGCGGCGCCUUCGCCGAGGUGACCCAGGUGAGCUCGCUGUGGCUGGCGCACAACGAGAUCGCCGCCAUCGAGCCCGGCGCGCUGGCCGUGCUGGUGCAGCUGAAGAACCUGGACAUCAGCCACAACCAGAUCGUGGAGUUCCCCUGGCGGGACCUGCGCAACCUCAGCGCGCUGCAGCUGCUCAAGAUGAACAACAACCGCAUGGCCGCGGUGCCGCCGGACGCCUUCCGCACGCUCAAGGACCUGCGCUCGCUGCGCAUCAACAACAACCGCUUCGCCACGCUGGCCGAGGGCAUCUUCGACUCGCUGGGCUCGCUGUCGCACCUGCAGAUCUACAACAACCCCUUCGAGUGCUCCUGCGCGCUGCGCUGGCUGAAGCGCUGGAUGGAGAGCACGCUCAUCUCCAUCCCCGAGAAGGAAUCCAUCGCCUGCGCGCUGCCCGAGCGCCUCCGCGGGGUGCCGCUGGCCAGGCUGCCCGAGCUGCGCUGCGCCGCGCCCGCCGUCAGCAUCAGCUCCUCGCCCAGCCUGGAGGCGGCCGAGCUGCCGGACGGCUUCGCGCUGAGCCUGCACUGCUCCGCCAGCGGCUCGCCGCCCCCCGAGCUGCGCUGGAAGAUCCGCACGGCCGGACAGAGCCUGGAGCUGGGCGGGAGCGGAGCGGAGAGCGCGGCCAAGGAGGCGGCGCGGGCGGAGCCCGAGCGCUUCGUGGCCUUCAAGAACGGCACCUUGCUGAUCCCGCGGGUGAGCAAGCGCGAGGAGGGCACCUACACCUGCGUGGCCACCAACGAGGUGGGCACCAACCACUCCUCGCUCAGCGUGGCGGUGGCGGGAGCGCAGAAAUACCCGGCGGCGGCCGGCAGGGACCCGCUGGGCGGCAAGGCGCAGCAGGGAGACAAAAAGACCGGCGCCAAGGCGGCCAAAAACAGCGUGCUGACCCCCGAGGAGAGCGGCAAGGCGCAGGGCCCCACCCGGCAGAGCCGGCCCUCCCCGGCGGCGGGGCCGGAGCCUGAGGGCAGGGUCCCCGCCGAGCCGCCGGGGCUGGAGGAGAAGUGCGGCUCCUCGGCGGGAGACACCAAGUACAUCUCCAACCACGCCUUCAACCGCAGCGGCGACUUCAAGCAGCACAGCUUCGAGCUGGGCGUCAUCGCCCUGGACGUGGCCGAGCGCGACGCCCGAGUGCAGCUGACGCCCACCCAGCCCGGCUCGGGCCACCUGGGCGUGCUCUACCUGUGCCAGCAGGGCCGCCAGGGCCACUCCCUGCUGCAGUGGUCGCAGAUCGAGGCCGGUGUCAACUCGUACUGGUUCCAGGGCCUGAGCCCCGGCACCAACUACUCGGUGUGCCUGAGCUCGCCGGGCGAGGAGUGCCGGGUGCAGGUGGUGUUCACCACCAAGAAGGAGAUCCCGUCGCUCAUCAUCAUCGUGGUGGUGGCCAUCUUCCUGCUGCUGCUGGCCACGCUGCCGCUGCUGGGCGCCACGUGGUGCCACCUGCUCGCCAAGCUGCGGGCCAAGCCCUACAAGUUGAUCGUCAAGGCGCAGAACCCCGACCAGAUGGAGAAGCGCAUGGCCGCCGACUUCGACCCCCGCGUCUCCUACCUGGAGUCCGAGAAGAACUUCGACGCCGGCGAGGCGGGCGAGGCCGAGGAGGAGGAGGAGGAGGAGGAGGAGGGAGAUGAAGAAGGAGCGCGGUGGCGGCGCGGGAGGGAGGGGGAAGGCGCGGCGGAGCUGGAGCGGGAGGAGAGCGUGGCCGCCAGCUCCAUGGCGGAGUCGCAGUCCAAGGGCGGCGCCGAGGAGUUCGAGGUGCGCUCCGAGUACAGCGACAAGCUGCCCCUGGGCGCCGAGGCGGUCACCAUCUCCCCGGAGAUCAACGGCAACUACCGGCAGCGGCCCCGCUGAGCCCCC